AUGUAUCUAUCUAUCUAUCUAAUUCUCAUCAUAUAUCAUAUCUAUCUAUCUAUCUAUCUAUCUAUCUAUCUAUCUAUCUGUGUGUUUCUAUUCAGUAAUCCUUCUCUUUCUCUCUCUUUCUCUCUCUCUCUCCCUUCCUCCAUCUCCCUCCCUCUGUCUUUCUCUCUCUCCCUCCCUUUUCUCUCCCUCCCUCCAUCUCUCUUCCCCCCUCUCUCCCCUCCAUCCCCUCUCCCCUCCUCUCCCUCCUCUCUCCUCCUCCCUCUCUCAAUCCCUCCAUCUCUCCCUCUCCCCUUCUCUCCCCUUUCUCUCCCCUCUCCCCCCUUUAUCUCCCAAAAAAAACCCCUCCCCCCCCCCUCCCCCUCUCCCUCCUCUCUCAAUCCCUCCAUCUCUCUCCUCUCUCCCCCCCCUCCUCUCCCCCUCUCUCUCCCUCCUCAAACAGGAUAUUUACGAUAA